UAGUAGCAGCAGGACUUCCUAUAUCUGACGUGAUAUUGAAAGAAAAAGAGUUAGAGUUUACUAGAAUAUUAAAUAUAGAAGAUAAAUUAAAAUGUGCAAAUGGUUGGAUAUAUAAAUUCAAAUUAAGAAAUGUGUUACAAAAAUUUAAUUUUUCAGGUGAAGCUAAUAGUGCACCACUUAAUACUCUUCCGGAAGAACGUACAAAGUUACACAUGAUUUUAAAUGAAUAUAGUUAUGAUGAUAUUUAUAAUGCUGAUGAAACGGAACUUUUUUUUCGAAUGGAACCUAAUCAAACACUUAGUACAGAAGCAAUUGUAGGUCGAAAAAAGGACAAAAGCAAAGUAUCUGUUCUUUUUUGUGCAAAUGCUUCAG